CGCGUUAACUCAUUCAAUGAAUCAUUCAACGAUCACGCCACCACCACCAGGACCGGUCGCCCCACGCGCGCUCCCCACUCGAGCGACUUACGCGCCGCCCCCAGCCCCACUCGCUCACUCCCACCAUUGCGCCUAUAAAAGUGCUGCACUUGACAGUUCGGGUGAUUUUUCAUCUUGCGACUUCCGAAGCGUACAGAUGUCGGACUGUGUUUAAUUUUGUGAAAAAGUGAUUUUGUUUUAAAUUAAUCAGUGAACGAAUAAAUAAUAAUAUUAAAGUGAUAUUUUCUGAAAAAGCUUAAAUUGAGUGAUUCGAACAAACUUUGAUUGUGAAGUGUUUAAAAUAGCAAGUAAAAAUUGUAGUGUGACAAAUAUUAGUGAAGUUAUUCUGAUUUAAAUAAAAAUGAGUGGUGAAAACGAAGGUGUUUCUUCUAAUCCUGUUCCCCCUUCUCUUACAUCAGAAGAGGGGACGAGCCGACGCCAACCAAUUGCGGCCUCAUCGGCAACCUCUCCUAUGCUGCUAUUGGCAAAUACAUUCAAAGAUACCAUGUCGGAAAUGAUGGAGCGGAUGACUCAAGAAAACCAGGCAAUUUUUUUAGAAAUGAUGAACGUUAUUCGACCUGAAAAUUCAAGGAUUCGCAUAUCCGACGUUUAUUUUCCAAGCUUUGACCCAGACAAAGAAAUGGAUGUAAAAGAAUGGGUUAAUUUAAUUUCACGCACACAAAAAGAAUACAAUUUGAAGGAUCACGAAGUACGACUAAAAGCAGCUAGUGUUUUGAAAGGCAGAGCACAAUCUUGGGCUGACGAUUGCUUACUUCGCACUACUACUUGGGCUGAAAUGAGAGAGGACAUGCUACAAACAUUCGAGGCAGAAAGCAGGUAUUUCUCUGAUAUAUUAAAAUUUAGAAGGUACACAAUUGAAAAUGCCGAAAGUAUUCCUGAAUAUAUUUCAACUGUGUGGAAGAUGUUCAAAAAAAUAAUGAAACCGAAUCCUACCGAACAAGAUGCAGUAGAAUUUGUCAUUGGACAACACAAAUCACAAUAA